GGGCAGUGCGGACCCCGCUGGGCCCGCUCAGGGCGGCCCCAUCCUGCCCUGGGCCUCUGCCUCCUUUGACGGGUCCUUGUCUGCUCCUGCUUCAGGGCUGGUGGGUCAGAGCGGACGGGGCGGGGGAGGGCUGGGAGCCAGAACACCUGGGUCACGGCUCUCCCCUUGCCUGGUUGGGUAUGAUCCCUCAAUCCCUCCACGCUUUUUCUGCAGGAUGGGCUCAUUGCACGGCCCCAAGGAGCCCUCUGUUGGAGUCGGUGAGUAUUGGAACCAGGGGCCCAGGUAGCCCCGCCCCCCCAGCUAUCUGUCUGUCCACCCCCUGUCACUGUGGGCCAGGGGCCACCUGCCCACAGCCCGAGCCCUUUGGCCUUGACCCCCCGACCCCCAGUCUCUUCAUAAGUACAUGGGGCAGGCAGCCUGUAGGGCUCUGGCAGCUUCCCCGGCACAGUAGGGGUCUCACAUCCCUCUCCCCUGCCAGCUGAGCUCGCACAGUGCGACUUUGACAACAGUGAACAGCCCCUCUGCCGCUGGACGCAGCCUCAUGCCGAGGAAUGGAUCCGGACCCAGGGCCUGGCCCCCGGGGAGAGCCCCGGGCCUCCAGAAGGGACUCCUGAGAGAGCGGGGUAUUACAUCACUCCUGCAGCCCGGGCCCCCAGCAUCGUGGAGCUGUUCAGUCCGGAGUUGGAGGUGGCCUCAGCCGUGUGCCUGGAGUUCCUGUACUACAUGUCCGGCACCCUGAACGAGGGGUCCUGGCUCGAGGUGCUGUCCCACGGCCCUGCCGGCUACAGUGUCCCCCAGUGGAACCGGACAGGACAGCAGAGCUCGGCCUGGCUGAGGGGAGCCAUCACCCUGAAGGCCCCCUCCGAGCGCCUCUUUAAGGCUGUUUUCCGCGCCGCCCGCACCCCAGAUUUUUACCUGGCCCUGGACUCCAUCUCCAUCCAGCUGGGGCCCUGCUCCCCCUGUGAGACCAGCUGUGAUUUCGAUGUCCUUGAUGCCCUUUGUGGCUGGGAGAACCCACCUGGUACCAGCACCGCCAGCUGGAAGCAAUGGGUUGGGUCUGGGGACAUAGCAGGGGUCGGCCCACAGGACGAUUUCUCUAAGCCUGGAUUCGGCUACUACAUGCUGAUGGAAUUCCUGGAGCUGGAAGCUGGAGGAAGAGCCCUGCUUCGGAGCCCCCCCUUUUCGUCACCAGGGGGGUGCCUGGCCCUGAGUUUCUACUACAUCAUCCAUGGCAAAUCUCCCUCUGCCACACUCAACAUCUACGCUGCCCCUGCAGGGGCAACAGAAGCUGAUCUGGGGACCCCCCUUCUAAGCCUCAAGGGAGACCAGGGAGCAGCCUGGCAACUGGGACAGGUGAAUUAUAGUGGGACCAAUGAGAUUCAGUUUGUUUUCCAGGGUAGCUACAGUGAGAUGCCAGAGCCAGGGCUAGCUGUGGACAGUGUGCGAGUGUGGCAGUGCGAAGAGACCUUCACCCAGUGCGACUUCAACAAUGCCAGUGACCCGCUGUGCGGCUGGGCCCAGCCCCAGGAUGAUGAUGGCGAGUGGAUCCACACUAACCAGCCCACGCCCACUGAGGAGACUGGCCCACCGGGGGACUAUCCCCAUGGGGAGGGUUAUUACAUCUACGCGGAGGCUGGGAGCCUGAGGCCCGGCCAGUCCAUGCACCUGGAGUCCCAGGAUUACUGCCUCCCUGCUGCCGCCUGCGUGGAGUUUUACUAUUACAUGUCUGGUGUGGUACACACAGAGACCCAGCUGCGGGUGCUGGCCCGGGGACCUUCUGGCCCUCCCCAAACUCUCUGGACUCGCACCAGCAUCCAGACCCCAGCUUGGCUACUGGGCGCCAUCACCAUACCCGCCGGCCGCCUGCAGCCCACUAAGAUCAUUUUUGAAGUGGUGCGGGGCAACCUCCCCUACCUCGAUGUGGCCUUGGACAACCUAUCGGUGCGGAGGGGUCCCUGCCCUGAGGCACCAGCCAGGACAGCUCCCAGCUGGAUAGCUCCCAGCUCCACUAUCUGCCCCAGCUGUACGCCAGCAACUGGCACAAUAGCAACCAGCACUACCUCCAAUGGCAUCAUGACAAUGAGCACCAUAGCAACCACUACUGCCGCCAGUGGGGCCACAACAAAUGCCACCAUAACAACUGGCACUGCCCCAGGGGACACCACAGGAACAACCACCCGAGCAGCCAGCACCACCCCCGGUAACACCACAGAAACCGCCACACUAGCAACUGGCACUGCCCUCAGUGGAACCACAGUAAUCAGUCCUAUAGCAAACAACACUGACCCCAGUGGCACCACUACAAGCUCCCCCAAUGCAACUGAGACCACCAUCAUCAGCACCAUGGCAAGCAGCUCCUUAGCAACCACCACCACCUCCAGUGACACCACGGCAACAACUACCAUAGCAACUGGCACUGCCCCCAGUGGCACCAUGACAACCAGCCCUAAUGAAACUGGCACUGCCUCCAGUGAAACCACAACAGCCAAUCCUAUGGCAAACAGCACCGCCCACAGCAGCACCACAAGUUGCACCCUCGUUGCAACUGGCACCACCACAACUGGCACCAUGAAAAGCAGCUCUGUAGCAACUGGCACCACUCCCAGUGACACCACAGCAACAACUACCGUAGUAACUGGCACCACCUCCAGUGGGACCACAGCAAACGCCACCAUGGCAACCAGCACUGUCCCCAGUGGCACCAUGACAACCAUCCCCAUAGCAACUGGCACCAUCCCCAGCAGCACUCAAACAGCACUGUCCCCAGUGGCACCAUGA